ACCGCACUAAACAACCUAGUUGUUUCGUGUCUCUCUGUCGGGCAACAGUUUUCUGGCGACCGCGGCAGGACUCCGAGGGCUGCUGGGGCGGUUCGCGUCCUGAUCCACUCCACGCCGGCACCGAGUGAUUCUCGGGGAGUCAUCGGUUCGUGCCCGACCCCGCGCCUGUCGGACAACUGCAGGAGGAGAUACUUUGCCUUUGAGUGGGAGAACCCAGACACGGGACGCAAGAAGCAGCUCACCUGGACGCGUCUACCACAAGGAUUCAAAAACUCACCAACUAUUUUUGGAAAUCAAUUGGCUCGAGAGUUAGAAGAAUGGAAGACGACUCAGGUAAAAGAAUCACCUUUCUUAUUUGCUCUCCUACAAUAUGUUGAUGACAUCUUUAUAGCUUCCACAGAAAAGGAUGUUUGCCUCAGACUCACUAUUGGAUUACUUAAUAUGCUGGGACAAGCUGGAUACCGAGUAUCGAAAGAAAAAGCUCAGCUGGUAAGAACCCAGGUAAUUUACCUAGGCUGCGAAAUUUCACAAGGGGUGCGAAAGUUAGGAGUUAAUCGAAUACAAGCAAUUUGCACCAUACCCACACCACGAAAUCCGCAAGAGUUAAGAUCCUUUUUGGGCAUGGUAGGGUGGUGCCGCUUGUGGAUCCCGGAAUUUGGACUAAAAGCAAAACCCCUGUAUGAGGCAGCCAAAAGCCCUGUGUUUCAGUGGGGACAAACGCAAGAAAAGGCAUUCCAGAGUUUGAAACAAGCCUUAAAGGAAGCCCCAGCACUAGGAUUGCCAGAUCUUACAAAACCUUUUCAACUAUAUGUAAAUGAGAGACAGAGACUGGCAAUAGGGGUUCUCACCCAAAAACUGGGCUCAUGGAAACGCCCGGUAGGGUACUUCUCAAAACAGCUAGACACUGUAAGCGCCGGAUGGCCUGGUUGUCUUAGAGCUGUGGCAGCAACAGUGCUCCUGAUUCGGGAAGCCAGAAAAUUGACUCUGGGAAAAAGGAUGGAAGUAUUUGUUCCCCACAUGGUCAUUGCAGUUUUGGAACAAAAAGGGGGGCAUUGGCUCUCGUCAAGCCGCAUGUUACAAUACCAGGCACUUCUCCGAGAACAGGACGACAUUGAAUUAAAAACAACUAAUCAUCUUAAUCCAGCAGAAUUUCUUAGGAGCAGCAGCCAGGGAGAAGGAGGCGAAUUGACGCAUGAUUGCGUGGAAAUCAUUGAACAGGUGUAUGCCAGCCGGAAAGACCUGAAAGAUGAGCCUUUGGAAAAUCCGGAAUGGGAACUGUUUACAGACGGAUCCAGCUUUGUGGAAAACGGAACCAGGUAUGCGGGAUACGCAGUAGUGACUUUGACACAAAUAAUAGAAGCUCGAGCCUUAACCCCGGGAACUUCAGCCCAGAAGGCCGAGAUACAAGCUCUGGUAAGAGCCUUAGAAUUGAGUCAAGGGAAAAGAGUAAAUAUUUGGACUGAUUCAAAAUAUGCCUUUGGAGUAAUACAUGUACAUGGAGCUCUGUGGAAAGAAAGAGGACUGUUAAAUUCUCAAGGAUCAGAAAUUAAGCACAAAGAACAAAUAUUAGCACUAUUGGAAGCAGUGCAUAAACCUCAGGCAGUAGCAGUGAUGCAUGUAAGAGGACAUCAAAAUGAAGAAGGAAAAGCGUUCCAAGGAAACCAGUUGGCUGACAGAGUUGCCAAACAGGUUGCCCGAGAGUCCUUACAGCGCUGCGAGGAGCAUUGCAGUGGAACCGGCCUCUGCCCUUGGAAAAUCCUGUCCAUGACAUCCAGCCAGGAGAUCAAGUAUAUGUGAAGAACUGGAAUACGGAACCCUUGAAAGAAGUAUGGGGCGGUCCUCACCAGGUGAUCAUGACCACCUACACGGCAGUGAAAG